GCCCCAAUUUCUCAUUUGCAAAAUGGGAAUCAUUGUGCCUUUCAUAAGUUGUUAGAAAAGGAUAAAGAAUACACACACACACAAAGUGCUUAAUGUAGUGCCACGAAUGUCAACAGUGAAAAACUGGUACCUACCAGUUUUAAACAGCUACCCUGAGGCCAGUGCUUUCUGAUGAGUGCAUGUAAGGAUCGCUCUAUCUAUCUCCUGAAACGGAGAAGUCAAGCUCUGUCUUGGCGUGGUGAAUCUGAUAAAAAAAAUCUCAGUUCAACGACUCCCAAAUAUGCCGUGGGCCAAGUCCCGGGCUGGCCCUGCCUACGGACUACAAGUCCCAGCAUGCCGCGCUCUGGGCCUUGGCGGCCCCGCCCCUUCUGCGUCGGCCCGUACGUAGGCGCCGCUCUAGGCGCGCCCUCUCGAUGCGUCUGUCCUGGGCGCGCAAUGGAGUCUGGCUGCUGGUUGCUGGGUGGCGAGUUCGAGGACUCGGUGUUCGAGGAGAGGCGGGAGCGGCGACUAGAACCGCCCGUGUCCUACUGCGCCAAGCGCUGCGAGCCGCAGUGGUUUUAUGAAGAAACCGGGAGCAGUGACGAUGUUGAAGCUCUAACUGUCCAGAAAUUCAAAGGGGACCUGGCCUACAGACGGCGAGAGUAUCAGAAAGCACUGCAGGAGUAUUCCAGUAUCUCAGAAAAACUGCCAUCUACAAAUUUUGCCAUGAAAAGGGAUGUCCAGGAAGGCCAGGCUCGGUGUCUUGUCCACCUGGGAAGGCACCAGGAAGCACUAGAGAUCGCUACAAACUUGGAAAAUAAGGCAACUAACACAGACCAUUUAACCACUGUGCUCUACCUCCAGUUUGCUAUUUGUUCAAGUUUGCAGAACUUGGAGAAAACAAUUUUCUGCCUACAGAAACUGAUUUCUUUGCAUCCCUUUAAUCCUUGGAACUGGGGCAAAUUGGCAGAGGCUUACCUGAAUCUGGAGCCAGUGCUUUCAGCAUCGUUUGCGUCAUCUCAGAAACAGAACAAUUUCACCUUGAGUGACAAGACAAUCAAAUCCUCCUUUCCCCACUCAGGAAAAGACUGUCUUUUGUGUUUCUCUGAAACGUCGCCCAAGAGAUCUGUGUUUUCUAUGGAAGCAAGCAGCAGUAAUAACCAGAAGAAUGAGAAAGCUCUUAAAAAUAUUCAGAGCUGUAUGGCAGAAGAGAGAGCAGCCGUGUUGCUGGAGACUCAGAUGAAGGCCUGUGCCUCUUAUGUACGAACCAGGCUUUUGCUUCAGUUCGCCCAGACUCAGCAAACAUCGUUUGCUUUGGAGAGGAACUUAAGGACUCAGCAGGAAAUUGAAGAUAAAAUGAAAGGGUUCAGCUUCAAGGAAGACACUUUGCUGUUGAUAGCAGAGGUUAUGGGCGAAGAUAUUGUUCCAGAAAAAAUAAGAGACGAGGUUCACGCAGAAGUGAAGUGUGUUGGCCCUGCAGCCCUAACGGCCUUGGUGAUCGCAUCUUCGAAAGAAUUUGAAGACAAGUGGUUCAGAAAGAUCAAAGGCCAUUUAUGUCCCUUUGAAAAUCAGUUCCAUACAGAGAUACAGAUUUUGGUUUAGUGGUCCCUUUAAAAACAAAGCAAAACGUCUUGUACUAUAUUAAUUAUCCUGGUUUACUUCGGGCAGAAUCCACUGCUAAUCAAGGAAUAAAUGAAAUUAAAAAACAAUUAUUUAUGUUUUAUAAAAA